CUCUGCGGCUCCGCCCGCCGCUCUGCACUACCGCGUGGGUGGCGGCGCGCUGCUCUUUUUAGCAGCGCUAGUCCGGCUUCUUCUCUGUGCUUGACGCUGCUGGCGUGGACAAGUGGACAUGGCGAGCUCCGACUGUGAGGACCAUGCGGGCCAGGAGGGGGAGACGUUCCUGUACUUCGCCUACGGCAGCAAUCUCCUGACCGAGAGGAUCCACCUGCGAAACCCCUCGGCCGUGUUCUGCUGCGUGGCGCGCCUGCAGGACUUUAAGCUCGACUUCGGCAAUUUCCAAGGCAAAAUGAGUGAGAGGUGGCACGGAGGUAUAGCUACCAUUUUUCAAAGUCCUGGCGACGAAGUGUGGGGAGUGGUGUGGAGAAUGAACAAAAGCAAUAUAAGUUCCCUGGAUGAGCAAGAAGGAGUUAAAAGUGGAGUCUAUGUUGUAAUAGAAAUUAAAGUUUCAACUCAAGAAGGGAAGGAAAUAACCUGCCGAAGUUACCUGAUGACGAAUUACGAGAGCGCGCCCCCAUCACCACAGUAUAAGAAGGUUAUCUGCAUGGGUGCGAAAGAAAAUGGUUUGCCGCAGGAAUAUCAAGAGAAAUUAAAAGCGAUAGAACCAAAUGAGUAUAAAGGAAAGAUCUCCGACGAAAUGGAAGACAUCAUCAAAAAGGGAGAGUCAAAACUGUCAUAACAGACUCUGAAGCUAUGUGUGCUAGUAUGAAGUGCUUUUAACGUUUGCGAGCAGGAGUCUGGACCUUCUUGGUUUUGACCUUGAUUUUCAACAGUGCUGGGAAGGGCUUCUCACAGAGGUGAUUCUUUAUUUUCAACUGUAACAAAGAACUGGAAUGGGGAUGGGCUUAGACCAUUAAAGGGACCAGGGGAUCCUGUCAUGUGCAAGUGGU